CAGUUCCGUUUGGCAGGCAGGCAGGCACGAGAGCGCGCUCAGCCCCGGAAUUAGCGGAUUUAUUUGGAAUAUCCCUGCUUUCCUGGAGACGUGCUGCUGCCUCUGGCUUGUGCGAAGGGAGAAAUUACUAACUGCGCUCCAGCAUGCAGGCACAGAGACCCGGGAAGCCCAGCAACCAGCGUCUCCUCCAGCACCAGCAGCCGCGGAAAGCAUGAGAAGAAAAUCUGGAGAAUCCUGCCUGUUCCCAGGGACUGGCUGAUGUUUUUUUCCUCACCCUUUCAAUCCGCGCGUGAAGUGGCUGUGGGCGAGCGUCUCCCUUGGUCCUUGAAAGAGAAUCUUUAAUGACUGGAAAACUCAAUGGAUCAUGUUUUUCUCAUCUAAGCUAUUUUUACAUUGACUGUGCUGUAAACACAUGGAGGAGCUGUAAGUAAAUGUUCUGUACUGCAUGAUGAAUUGGAUUGCUACAGUCUGGAGGAAAGCAAAAUAGUCAUUUCAUUUCCGUGGUGAUUUGCAUAGCCUGUGGUACAAUGCCAGAAAGACUAACGGAAAUGCUUAUGGAUACAUGGACUCCAUUAAUAAUAUUAUGGAUUACUGUCCUUCCUUCCAUUUACAUGGCUCCAAUGAAUCAAUCUCAAGUACUACCAAGUGGAUCCAGUACAGGACUAAAAAGGCUGAAUGAAGAACAAAGAGUUCUGAACCGUUCCAAGAGAGGCUGGGUUUGGAAUCAAAUGUUUGUAUUGGAAGAAUUUUCUGGACCUGAACCAAUCCUGGUUGGCCGGUUGCACACAGACCUGGACCCUGGAAGCAGCAAAAUCAAGUAUAUUCUGUCAGGAGAUGGAGCUGGAACAAUCUUUGUGAUCAAUGACAAGACUGGAGACAUUCACGCGAUGAAAAGGCUUGACCGUGAGGAAAAGGCUGAAUACACUCUAACAGCUCAAGCAGUGGACAGGGACACAAACCAACCUCUGGAGCCUCCUUCAGAAUUUAUUAUUAAGGUUCAAGACAUCAAUGACAAUGCCCCAGAGUUUGUUGAUGGCCCAUAUCAUGCCACGGUUCCUGAAAUGUCUAUUGUAGGUAUGUAUGUCUAA